AUGAUAUGAAUAGCGGUUUAAUAUAACAGAUAUGACACAUAUGACACUCAAUUGAAAGUACAAACCCUUUACACAACACUUGAAAUGCGGUGUCAUUUGAAUCCAUAUUAAACUUAAGGGCGAGAACUAAAAUGUGGGUCAUUUAGUAGUAACUAAAUGAUAAGGCAAUGCCGGGACUCGUCAUAUUCAAGCGCCGGUGGUCUGUAGGCUCGGAUGACCUCGUGGUGCCCGCGGCUAUACUAUUGUGCAUUCAUGUCAUUUGGCUUAUAGUAUUGUCGGUGACGGCCAGUGCUUGGGACCAAUACCGAUGCCUCACUUAUUUGUAUUACACGUUAGGCUAUAUUAUAAUACUGUUUGGAUGUGUAAUCGUCGAGACAUUUAUUGUGUGGCUGUCGAUGAGGGGCUCUAUUCUCAACACUUUGCCCCGAAGUUCAAUGAAAUAUCUGCUAUACAUCCGAAUCGGAAUAUUUGUGGUGGAAAUUGUUUGGAUGAUUCUGUCGAGUCUUCACAUGCGAAACAAUUUGUUGAACAAUUCCUGCCACAGAAUGUUUGGAGUGGAGGCUCUGUUCGGUAUCAAUGUAUGCAAUGUACUGGUCAUCGGUAUUAUGAUUGUCACCAUUUGGUGCACGUAUGACGCGGCCGGGCGUUCGUGGGUUAAGAUGAAAGUGUAUCAAAACAGCCUCAAAGAGGGUCAGUCCAAGUUUAGGUACAGACGCUCUGGCAAUAGUCAACGUAAUUGGCGGCACCGAAUCGCUGUCCGAGAAUAUCAGGACAGUUGGGACCGUCGAUGUCGGCUACUAUUCUGUUGUGUCGGCGCUAAUGAUCGCCAACAGAACUCAUUCACAGAAAUAGCGAAACUCUUAUCGGAAUUCUUCCGCGAUUUAGAUGUCGUGCCUUCGGAUGUGAUCGCAGGACUCAUACUAUUGCGAAGACAUCAACGCCUGGAGAGACGCGUGAUUGUAGACAAGCGUCAGGACAACACGUUUCAAUUUCUAUCGGGAGUUGCCAUCACUUCUAACACCAAAUUCCUUGACGUCAAUCAUCCCGUUGUCGCCGAAGAGAUUCGAACUUUGAUCCACUUUUUGCACUACGGGUUAGCUGUUUAUGGAUGGCCUAUAUUUAUGAUGAUGAACAGCGCCACCGGCUGUUGUCAACUGUUCCCACACAUGAAGUGCUGCUCCAAGAGUUCCGGCUGUUGUUUGAAUUGUUCGGCAACUAAACGCAUGGCUGAAUCGGAUGAGCGCUUAGCCAUCGACGACAACUGCUGUCAAUGUAAUUACGCGGCGCUCAAGAAUAUGUGCCAAACGCACAACUAUGAGCUCAUUUACGCUACAUAUCACGUGGCCAUUGGAGAGCCGCCAUUCUUUGUGGCUCUCGAUUACGACAAGAGAUCGGUUGUGAUUAGUGUGAGGGGAACGCUAUCUCUACACGACGUUAUAACUGAUUUGAAUGCUGAGGGAGAGCUACUGCCAACAGAUCCCAUACACGAAGACUGGUUGGCCCACAAGGGAAUGGUUGAGGCGGCUCUUUAUAUCCGAAAUAAGCUAAAAGUUGACGACGUUUUGAACAAAGCGUUGAAUUACGCGCCCGAAAGAGGGACGCAAUCGUUUAACAUUAUAUUAGUCGGUCACUCGUUAGGCGCGGGAACGGCAGCUAUUCUCGCCAUUUUGCUCAAACAAGAAUUUCCUGAUUUAAUCUGCUUCGCGUUCGCACCGCCCGGAGGCCUAUUGAGCGCACCCGCCAUCGAAUACACCAAAGAAUUCAUUAUAUCAGUGGUGUUGGGCAAAGAUGUGGUCCCAAGACUUGGUUUGCAUCAAAUGGAAACCUUGCGCUUCGAUCUCAUCAAUGCUAUCAAACAGUGUUUGCAACCAAAAUGGAAUGUCAUUGGAGGCGGCGCUCUAUGUUGUUGUCCUCACUCUUGUCGAGACACUAAACACACUAUUAAUUGCGAAGACGUUUCCGAUUUAAACAGUAUUAGAGAACUGUCUUCGCACCCAAUCGACGACUCGAUAGCACUGACAGUGCAUCCGCCGCUCUACCCUCCCGGACGUAUCAUUCAUUUGGUUAGAAAUCAUCCCAAAAAGUCUGAGAAUUUUGUGGGCAAAAAAGAGCCCAUAUUCCAGGCCUUGUGGGCCGACAAUACAAAUUUCAAUGAAAUAUUGAUAUCUCCGGUCAUGAUUCAGGACCACAUGCCCGACAAGAUGUUAGACGCUCUCGAGAAACUGUUGGUCCACACGGGACCCGCUAAACCUCAAAGAAAAAUACAAAACACUAAUAUAAAUACAAAUGAAAAUACAAAUACUACGAGUUUACCGCACGGCAGCCCCUGUCAGCCCACUAAUAAAGAUACAAACUUUGAAUGUCCACAGAAUAUACUAUUAGAGACUAGUUUUACUGAUUCUCCACUCAUCGCACAAAAUAUCAAAAACGAGAAAAGUCUUACCAAUCGGUCCGUCCGUCCGUCACAUCUGAUGACAUUUGCCGAUACUAUGCGAGUGGAUCUGAUGCGCGACGACUGGUUCGGUGCGGCGCCGUUGGCCUCACCCGAGACGUUGAGCGACGAUACGAGCAGUAUUUCAUCCCGAAGUACAGGUGUGAGAGCGAGUUGGGCCACACUUCCCGUCUUUACUAUUAACGACAAACAAUUAGCCGAACAAAAAGUGGUCAGAUUUCAGCCCAAAGCUAAUCCCGAGUCUCACUAUUCAAAUAUGUCGCACCAAAUAUCAGUGAAUCGUACAAAUGAUGCCAUGAAUAUACCUCUCGGAGACAAUGACAUCAUAAUUAAUCCCAAUAUCAAUAGAAUUGAUGUCUUAAAUAAGAAUUUGUGUGAUAAUCAAAAAGCAAUGAAUUUUAAUUUAAAUUCAUUGAACGCCAAAAGCGAAGACAUAAACGAAAGGAACGGUUUGUUUGGUUUAUUGGAAGUGAAGGACGAGAACUACAAUCCGUCGUCCAAUUCAUCCGAUAAUAACGUUCAGGAUUUGAAUUCCGGAGAAAUAUUGAAUUCUAGGUGUGAAUCGACGAAUGAAAACGAGUCGUUGGCAGCAAUACAUCGCUGUUCUUCCGAUACCGACAUGAGUUUGAAUUGUGACCCAAAACCACAGCCAUUACGAAGAAGUCACGAGGAAAUCCAUUUAAACAAUUUGGACGACACGGCAAACGUGUUUGAGGGCCGAGUCCUCAAUAAUAACGAACAAACUAUUCGUUCAAAUGACACCAAUUCUGGAGAAGUGUCGCCGACUUUACAAAUACUUUUUCAUAAACUGCUGACCAUUGAGUCAAUUGAGUCGCCGACCAGUGAAUCGGCCGCUAAUGCGACGGAAUGUGAUCCCGACGUCAAUGCAAAUCAAAUUUCUAGUCAUUUUACUGGCAAUCAGUUCUGAUUUUUAAAACUGAUUUU